AUGAUCCAAACGGACCGUCUUUACUCUGUCGAUGAUCUGUACACGAUUCGGCAAGGAGAUGACGAACCGUUGAGAGAAUACGCGGCGCGCUUCAGUCACGAGUACUCAAGGUGUCCGGAAACAGACGACAGGGCAGCCUACGGCGCCUUUAAGAGUGGCCUUCGAUCCUCGCAUUUCCGAUACCUAGUACACAGCAGCAACUGGCGCACGUAUGACGAACUAAUGAAGCAAGCGGCAAUCCGUGCCAAGGCCGAAUACUUCAACUCGAAGCCCACGGCUUCGGCACCACGAGGAAACGCCGAACCAAGUGCUUAUCUGGCAAAGGCGACAUCCUACGGGAGAACCGACACAUACUCGGCAGGUCAUAAGAGAAAGGAUGACCGCGCCGAUCGAAGAGAACCCUCGAAGAAAGGGAAAGGGCGGUAUGAUCGCAACGACCAUCGAGCACCCCUGCCGAACCAUGACCAAGCCAAUGAAGUCUUCACCCUGUUGAACACUACCUACGAGGCCGUCCUGAUGAACGAACAGGGAAUAAUACCAAAGCCGAAUGCCCGAAGACCCAAUCGGCAAGACAACCGAGAUACCGGUAAAUUCUGUCGAUACCAUCAGCACAACAGCCAUAAUACAGAAGACUGUAUAAGCCUGAGAAAAAUUGUUGAGCGAUUGAUCAGGGAGGGGAAGCUGGAUCAGUACAUCGCCCGGCAGCCAACGGCGCCGGUGCCGAAUCCGGUUCGGCAGAUAAACAUGAUAAGCACUAUUAGCGGUGGCCCCACCAUCGCAGGAAUGAGCAACCGGUCAAUGAAGCAAUAUGUGCGGGCCGCACAGUUUCCUCAGGUAUUCGGCAUAGAGGUGAAUCGGCACCAGGAAAUCCCGAAAGUUCGUUGGGAGCCAAUCACAUUCUGCGAGGAGGAGGAAGAAGGCAUCCUCUAUCCCCAUGACGACCCAAUGAUCAUCCGAGCAGAAAUCGCAAACUACGACGUAGGGAGAGUGCUGAUCGAUACCGGGAGCUCGGUGAACGUGAUUUUUUCCAAAGCUUUCCGAGGGAUGGGAAUAAAGGACUGUCAGGUAAACCGGCAGUUGACACCUUUGUUGAGUUUCUCCGGAGAUUUGGUCCAACCGAUCGGUAGCGUGAAACUACCCAUCACCUUCGGCACCGCGCCAAGGAAAACGACGGUAUACGAUCAAUUCCUCAUCGUUGAUUGCCCGACGGCGUACAACGUCAUAGUUGGACGAACGGCACUCACCAUUGUCAAAGCGCAUCUUUCCCCCCACAUGCUACUGAUGAAGUUCCCACCCCUACGGCACGGGGGCUGUCUCCAGGAAAUCAGCUAA